AUGAGACUUCCUGAUGGAAGGAUUUUAGGAUAUGCCGAAUAUGGACCUGAAACAGGCUACCCAUUGAUAUAUCUCCAUGGCUACUCUCAGUGCCGCUAUGAAGGCUCCGUCAUAGAGAACGUUCUUCAUCGACAUGGGAUUCGCAUGGUUGCCCCAGAUCGGCCAGGCUUUGGUCUGUCAACAAACCAACCCAACCGCCGCAUUGCAGACUGGCCUGAUGAUGUCCAAGCCCUGGCUGGCCAUCUUGGUCUCUCUCGCUUCGCCUUGAUGGGUGGUUCCGGAGGUGGUCCCUAUAUAUUGGCGUGCGCGCAUGCACUUCCUCACGAAAUGAUGUCUGCUGUCGGCAUUCUUGCUGGAGGAGGAAAUUGGAAGGCCGGGGCACACCACAUGCCUUUUGUAUAUCGAGCAUCAGCCUUUGCAGCGGAAUAUUGGCCAGCUGGAUUACGAUCUUCAUUGGGCAUUCUGGUUUGGAUUAUCAGGAGUGGAUUGACUUCAUGA